CCUCGGCCCAGCUCAGGCCCUAUUCUGUGGAUUUACAUAAGGCAGCCAUCAGCCGGCCCACUCAUUACCAUGUUUUAUAUUCCCCAGCUCUCAGAAAGCAUCAUGGCAAAGUAGCUCCAUCCUCCCCUUCAACAGGGAAGUGAAGCAGGUGUCAGCAGCAGUGCACUCCCCACAAUUCCGGACCACUCAGGAAGGAACUUUUUUUGUAACUUUUAACUUUGAUUAAUCCCCCCUUCCUCCAUCCCUCGAUUCCCCCUGCUCAGGCGCGCACAGCAGCAGGCCUAUAUGUUGACUUUUUAAUGUUCUCUAAAAUGGUAUCGAAGCUGACAUCCCUGCAGCAGGAGCUCCUCAGCGCCCUGCUGGACUCAGGACUCACCAAGGACGUGCUGAUCCAGGCCCUGGACGACCUGGACCCCAGCCCGCCGGGCUUCGGAGUUAAAAUGGAGAGCCUGUCCAUGUCCCCCGCUCCCGGCAAGAUGAGCGGGCCGGACUCCGACUCCAAGCCCGUCUUCCACACGCUCACCAACGGCCACAGCAAGGGCAAGCUGUCCGGUGACGAGGGCUCCGAGGACGGGGACGACUUCGACACGCCGCCGAUCCUGAAGGAGCUGCAGUCGCUCAACACGGAGGAGGCCGCCGAGCAGCGGGCGGAGGUGGACCGCAUGUUGUCAGAGGACCCAUGGCGUGCUGCCCGCAUGAUCAAAGGUUACAUGCAGCAGCACAACAUCCCCCAACGGGAGGUGGUGGACAUCACAGGGCUGAACCAGUCUCACCUCUCCCAGCACCUCAACAAAGGCACGCCCAUGAAAACACAGAAGCGAGCGGCCCUCUACACCUGGUACGUCAGGAAACAGCGGGAAAUACUGCGACAGUUCAACCAGGCAGUGCAAGGUCCUGGCAGCAAUAUGACAGAAAAAGACAAUCAGGAUCCGGUGUUUUUCUUCCCAGAGUUCAACCCUGGUCAGACCAUGGGUCAGCCCGGUGAGGAGGUCGGCAGCGAACCCUCGUGCAAGAAAAUGAGACGUAACCGUUUCAAGUGGGGGCCCGCGUCCCAGCAGAUCCUGUACCAGGCCUACGAGCGACAGAAGAACCCCAGCAAGGAGGAGAGGGAGGCUUUAGUAGAAGAGUGCAACAGAGCGGAGUGUCUUCAGCGAGGGGUCUCCCCGUCCAAAGCGCAGGGCCUCGGCUCUAAUCUGGUCACAGAGGUGCGGGUGUACAACUGGUUCGCCAACAGACGUAAGGAGGAAGCCUUCAGGCAGAAGCUGGCGAUGGACUCCAUCUCCCUACCGAGCCACGGCCUCAACCCUCUGCUGUCACUCAGCUCACCCCAUCACCCCCAGAACAGCGCUUCACCUCCCAUGCGCUACAGCCAAGGCCCCGGUGAGGUCACCUCCUCCACGACCAUCAGUCACCACAGUAGCAACGGCAUGGCGUCCAGCCAGUCGGUGCUCCAACAGGUGUCUCCGGGCGGAAUGGACCACAGCCACAGUCUGCUGUCACCUGACUCCAAGAUGAUUUCUGUCUCAGGCGGAGGACUUCCUCCAGUCAGCACACUCACAAACAUCCACAGUUCCCAUCACAGCCACCAGCAGACACAAAACCUCAUCAUGCCUCUAUCUGGAGUCAUGGCCAUCGCUCAGAGUUUAAACUCAUCGCAGUCUCAGUCGGUGCCGGUGAUCAACAGCGUGGCGGGCAGCCUGGCAGCGCUGCAGCCGGUCCAGUCCUUCCAGCAGCUCCACAGCCCCCACCAGCAGAGCCUGAUGCAGCACUCACCCAGCCACAUGGGCCAGCAGCCAUUCAUGGCCGUCACACACUCACACAUGUACUCUCACAAGCAGGAGCCGCCACAAUAUUCCCACCCGUCACGGUUCCCCUCGGCCAUGGUGGUCACGGACGCCAACAGCCUCAGCACCCUCAGCUCCAUGUCCUCCGGCAAGACGGACGGUUCUGUAAACAAGAUGGUGCAGCUCGGUGGUCUCUCCUGGUGUCCCCUUCAAGCUUGGUGAGAGCAUCCUCCACUUCCACAGUGCCCGGCAACCGGAGCGCAUUUUUCCACCCUCUCACCGCGGUAACCAUGGCGACUCUUAAUAACCGGCAGCGGCGCGCUUCGUGAUGAGUCAGUCGACAAACAACGGGAGUGACGGCGACGGCGGGCCAGGCGGCGAAAAUGAGAAAUGGGGACAGAGAAGAAAAACAAACAACAAACCCAACAAAAAUAAAAAAUAACACAAACCCCUACUCCCCUCACACUGCCCAACCUCACUGGACCUGAGAGUGAAGAGACAGGACUCCCCCAUCCCCCCUCCCCCCCUUUCACUGUCGCACACACAUGAUCAACAAGGAUGUAUGAUUUUAACACAAUCUUUGAAAACAGUAUUCAAUUUUUCAUGCCCACUCUUCUCUAUUUUUUUUAUUUUUAACUGUACAGUCACUUCAAAGGAACAAAAAAUACCAAGCACCAAAAAAAAAAAAACUGCUCAUGAACUCUGUGCACCUGACCGAAGGCUCUGGGACAACGUAUAUAUUAAGACUUUGAUUUAAGGUGGAACCAUGAAGAUACACUGAGACAGUGAUCGGCCUCUGUGAAGGUUUAAGGAGCCAGUGACUUACUGACACACACACACACAAGUGCCUGGAUGUGUGUGCACGUGAGCAGAAGCUGUGUGACAAUCACAAUAACCUGUACCGAUGUUGUGCAUGCAUUUUGACAUUCAUACUGGGCUUUAAAGGAGUCUUCCAUGUUAUUCUCUCACAUUCAGUUUACCGUGCUAGCAUUGAGUGCGGGCCAUGAAUGCCAAGGACUCGUCACUUCAAGUUGUUGUCGAUGUGUAUACUGUGAUUGAAAAAGACUUUCUGACAAUCUUGACAGGACUAUGCAAUGUGUCUAUAGGCGUCUGCAAUGCUUUGUAUAGGUGGAUUCUGCACACGGCUCCACACACUUGAAAUGAAUAUGCACUAUCAGUGAAGUCACCAUACAAUUAUAUUGGAGUGGCCGUUGAUAAAGCUGCCUGUUGUAUAACAUAAAAAAAGCAGAUGUAAGAAUGCGCGGCAAAUAUGCACAGUGUAGGCGCAACUUCUAUUUGUAACCGCGUCUCAAACGCUCGCCUGCCAUAUCUGUGAAAAGCUGGUCUUGCCUUGCGGGGGAGGACUGACUCACCCACUUUAGAGGUGGCCCUUCCCCUCCAUGGAAACCUCUGGCUUUUUGUUUGCACACAGGUUCAGGUGAAUUUCAGGAAUGGGACUCACCCUCGUCCUCCUCUUCCUCCUCCUCCUCCUCCACCUCCUCCCAGUUCCUGCCAGAAUGUGAAGAAAUAGGACAAAUAUUGUUAAUAAUCUCAAAUCAAGGAGCAGGACCCCCCCGGAGAGCGCGGAGCAAAAAUAUUGACAAGCAUUCAGAGGCCUAACAGUCAUCUCAGUCUGGUAAUUUGUGAAGGAGACCUGAAAGAGGAUGAUGUUGUGACAGCAGCUGCUCUAAUCUAACAGGAAUCCACAAAGACUGAGAAAUGUUGGGGAGAGGAGCAGCUGCUGUGGGUUCAGACGCCCACGCUGACAGUAUUAAGGUGUGUUCAGUCAGAAAGCCAAGCAAACUCUCGCCUUGUGCCUUAACAUGCAAAUAUCGCUUCCUCGAACAGCGUUUGCCAGAUUUGGGAAAUUGGAUUUUGAAUAGUUUGGCAAACUCUUUGUACCACGACUCAUAUUCUUCUCUGUUUGACUAACCAUGUUCAGUUGUGUCGGUCCAUUGACUUUGCCACGAACAGUUUGCUUUGAGCUCUGUCAGAACACACAGUCAUACUCUGGUGGGAAGGUUUGAAAUAAGGAAAAAUAUCAGUUUAUACGAAAGCUUUCCAUGUUAUUAUGAGAAGAAAACGGCCAUUCUGACUAUCCAACCCUGCAUAUCAUCAUAAGUGUGGCAGAUCCAGUCUCCUAUUCAAUAUUAGGUCAUUACAUUGUUAUUAUUAUUAUCUUGGUUGUGACUGUUAUAGGCACAUCUAUUGCCAUCUGAUCAGAGGGCACUCAUACUUGUGUGGCAGGACAUGAUUUUAUUCCUCCUAAUGUAUUAUUUUUGUAUAAAAUUGAAAUCAAUCAUAAAUCAUUAUUUAUACUUUCUGAGAAAAUGUUGAUAUUUCAAGUAAAAGCUUUUUUCCAAAAUGAA